UAGUGAGCGUUGGGGACCCCAAGAAGAAAUACACAAGUUUCGAGAAGAUAGGACAAGGAGCGUCAGGGACCGUUUAUACAGCCAUGGAUGUGGCUACGGGGCAAGAGGUCGCCAUCAAACAGAUGAAUUUGCAGCAGCAGCCGAAGAAAGAGUUGAUAAUUAACGAAAUCCUCGUGAUGAGGGAAAACAAGAAUCCCAACAUCGUCAACUAUCUAGACAGUUACCUCGUGGGCGAUGAACUGUGGGUCGUCAUGGAGUACUUGGCAGGCGGCUCUCUGACAGAUGUCGUGACCGAGACCUGCAUGGACGAAGGGCAGAUAGCAGCUGUCUGCCGAGAGUGUCUUCAGGCUUUGGAGUUCCUCCAUUGCAACCAGGUCAUCCAUCGGGACAUCAAGAGCGACAACAUCUUGCUAGGAAUGGACGGCUCUGUCAAACUAACUGAUUUUGGUUUCUGCGCUCAGAUCACACCUGAGCAGAGCAAACGCAGCACAAUGGUGGGCACGCCGUAUUGGAUGGCUCCAGAGGUGGUCACGAGGAAAGCGUACGGGCCCAAGGUGGACAUCUGGUCUCUGGGGAUCAUGGCUAUUGAAAUGAUAGAAGGGGAGCCCCCCUAUCUCAAUGAGAACCCCCUGAGGGCUUUAUAUCUCAUUGCUACCAACGGUACACCGGAGCUGCAAAAUCCCGAAAAGCUUUCGCCCAUAUUUACAGACUUCCUUAAUCGCUGCCUGGAGAUGGACGUGGAAAAGCGGGGUUCUGCUAAAGAGCUUCUCCAGCAUCAGUUCUUGAAAAUUGCCAAGCCGUUGUCCAGCCUCACCCCCCUAAUCAUUGCCGCGAAGGAGGCCACCAAGAAUAACCAUUAAAAUGGCCGGACAACUGCCGGGAUUGUGCCAAGUCCUUUAAAUACCCCUUUUUAAAAAAUAUAUAUGUUUCAAAGAACUCAACUCAUGGCAUUUACUGUGCUCAAGGACUUCUAAUCCUGUACGAAUGGGGCAGUGCAAAUGAUUUUGCAACGAAUCGGAUAGGAGGCAGGCAAUUUAACGUUAAACCCGUUCCGAAAGAACGGGGAAGAGACUUUUGGUACGUUUCGAAUGGGUCGUUACGAGAGCACCUCAUCCUGAAUAACGUGACAAUGAGCCACAGGUUUUUUUUUCCUACUGCCAUGGAGGUUUGACAAAACGGACGAAAAAGGACACACAACCUUUUAGAUGGGUUUUAUUUUAAGGCAAUUAAAUUUUGUGCCUGCGCUCCCCGUACCUCCGUUCUUAGACUACUGAGAGAUCCUGGUGCACCUCGGGUUACUUGAAAGUGAGAACUGGCAGGACAGCUUUUUAAAGUCCAGAGGGAAAAAAGCAGCAACCGAGUUUUCCUCUGCACGCACAGUGCCUCCCUGAUAUUCGGAUGUGCUCGCGUGCCCUGGAGAAGACGCUGAAAUAGAUACAACGAGCCGCCCUCCUUCCCGCAAACUGUCAGAGGACCACAUCGAUCACCGUGCUGCGUUUCAGGGACUUUUUUUAAUGAAGCAAAUUGCCCGCUUGAUUAAAUUCGCGUCGCCACUUCAUCUACUCUACAAUCAUCUGCUGUUUUGGCAAAAGAACCUCUAGCAAUAAUUCACAAGGACGCGGAUCAGGUAGAAGAUUUGUGGGCACAAAAAGGAAGACCGUAGCGCAGUGGUGUCCAACUCUGGCGCUUCAGAUGUUCAGGGACUACAAUUCCCAUCAGCCCCUGCUGGCAUGGCCGAUUGGCUGAUGGGGAUUGUAGUCCCUGAACAUCUGAAGCGCCAGAGUUGGACACCGCUGCCGUAGUGUAAGAUUGAACCCUCUGUCGGCUACUUUUAGUAUCUAAGCGUGUUUUUUCCGUCAGUACGCUGUAGGUCGGGAAUCGCCAGCUGGUGACCAGGAGUUGAAUCUUGCCCUACCGAAUUUUAAUAAAAUUGUGGUUUAAACAAAA